AUGAUGGAGUUUCUACCUGUUACCCCUCCCGAAGUAGGACCAAGGCAAAUAGUAUUCCCUCCAACCAGAAGAGAUUCCAAGAAGGCGCUCGUCCAUGAAGUUACAGAGAAAAAUGUUCUGCUCAUGAAUCUCCCCUUUGCUCCGCUUUCGACGGAAGAAGAAAGGUUGUACAAUUCGUGCCCACUGAAUGGAUUCUCCCUCGACGACGACAGCGACAAUGACGAAAGAGAAACUACGGAGCAGGGAGGCUUCCUACAACCAGGGCCAUCCACCCACCAGUGGUUGGUGGACGCUUGUUUAGCCAAGAUGGCAGAACAGGGCUCCACAAAACUCAACUUUAUCAGGCCAAAGAUUAUGAAAAAGAAGAAGAAGAAGGCAGGAACUUCUGGUUGGCUCCCGAAUACCUCCAGUUUCAAAACAAAUACAGCGGAUAGGUCUACCCCCCGCUAUGGGUUGCGUCGCAGUCCCAUUCGACGAAGCGCAAGCGCAGCUUCCUGUGCUUGA